GUGUCUCUUUGCCAAUGUUUUCGAGUUGGCAGGUCAUGAGAGAUCAGAUUGUGAUCGUGCAUUUAUAAGGGGUCUCCCCUCGUGUCCGCACCAGAAAGCAAGUGCAUCGUGAUAGUAUCUCACGCAGAUUCGAAGUCUAUAGUUCAGGAUGAAAGAAACACAGCGACGUUUACGAUAUAAUGUUGCCAUAUCACUCGAUGGCUUCAUCGCGCCCCCAGAUGGGUCAACGGAUUGGAUCGUACAAGACGACAACAUCGACUUUCAAGCACUUUAUGCCCAAUUCGAUACGUUUGUUAUGGGCCGCAAGACAUACCAGUGCAUGUUCGCUAUGGGCGAGCAAAACCCUCUACGAAAAUACCCAAAGCAGAACCUGGUUGUUGUCAGCAGGACUCUGAGUAGCGACGAUCACCCAGGCGUGACUAUCGUAUCGCACAACUUCACCGGCUACGUGGCGGACCUCAAAAACGCGGAGGGCCGGGACAUUUGGCUCAUGGGCGGCGGGCAGCUGGCGGGGCCGUGUCUGGAUGCGGGGAUCCUAGACUCCGUCGAGACGGCGAUCAUGCCUGUGAUGCUGAGGAAAGGAACCAGAAUGUUGCCGGACUCGGCGCUCACGCCGCUUGGGGGAUUCAAGUUGGAGUUGGUGGAUUGCAAAAAGUUAGAUACGAGUGGCAUUGUGAACUGCAAGUACAAUGUCAGCAGGGGAAUGGCUGUGUCUUUGGGUGAAGCUUUGUCGUUCUGUUGAAAUGGGAGCAAUGGGCAUGAAGAAGAGGCUCUGAGAUACCCUCACGUGGUAAAACCCACAUAACCAUUAUAUAAGGUCGUUUAAAAGUUACUUUGAUUUACCUAGACGAGAAUUACGCUUG